CAAUUGAUUAUUCAGUCGGCCACCCGACCGUCUUGCAAUUAAAGAGAGCGGCAAAUUUCUAGGGUUAGGGUUUUGGAAGCGGUGGGCGGAGAUUUUCGGAGACCUUUCGGAGAUCUUUCAUGGAGGCUGCCUACUGGAUCCGCCAGCCUCUUCAGCCAUCGGCUAAACUGCUGAAGCGGCAGCGCACGGAAUCCGAUGUUGCAACUGGGGCUUAUAUUGGUCAAGAAGCUCAAAUCUUUCAACCACGUAGUCAGCAUGGUAGCAUUCAACCUAUAAAUGAUACCCAAGCACUCGGAGCAUCAUAUGAUCACUAUCUUCAGGAAAAACAAAAGUUGUCUUCUUAUGGUUCACAAGUCGGCCCCAUAGGUGUGAGUGGAUCUACUGGUAGAGAAAUAUAUGGGCUUAGGGGAGGCAAAUCAGGAUUUUCUUACCAAGACCCUGCCAUGUUGGCUGACCCUACAUUUAAAUCUUUGGGACUACCAAAAUUGGUGGAAAAUAGUAAUAUGAACUUGGGUUUUGGCAUCCAAACUAUUGUGGAUCCUAUGGUUCGUCCUGUGGUUAAUGAAAGGGAGAUUCCCUUGCCGCCCGAGGCUUCUUGUACUUUAUUUGUUGAAGGACUUCCACGGGAUGCCGCCGAGAGGGAAGUGGCACAUAUAUUUCGCCCCUUUUUGGGCUACAAGGACGUUCGUCUAGUGAAGAAAGAACCUAAAUAUGAUGGUGGAAGCCCCGUUCUUCUUUGCUUUGUUGAUUUUACAACUCCAUCGUACGCCAUGGCUGCUAUGGGUGCUAUUGAAGGUUACAAGAUGGACCUUCAUGACCCAGAUUCAUCAGCCCUGCGUUUGCAGUUUGCAACUCCGAAACCUAACCAAGGUUUUCAUGGCAGGAGGAGAUAGAUGAGAUCCAUUUGUCAUAUUUACCUAAAUUAAGCUAGUUUAGGCGUAUGUGUUCGAAUAUGUGAGCCGAGAAGAAUGCAUAUACUUAACAUGUGAUAUUUGCACCUCAUUUCUCAUCUUUAGCUUUUCUCGCAGUAGGUUGUCAUCAAUAUUUACUGUUUUUGUCCUGUUUUUUUUUAUUA